AAAUAACUGUAUACGUAUCCUCGUCACUCCGCUGGCCACUAUGCACGAAGCGUUUCGCUCGACAAGUCUUUCCAUUCGUUACGACUGAAUGAAAAAAAUUAAAAAUCUAAACGUUCGGCUCUACGUUGAUAACUCAAGUUUUUACAAUAAUUACCGUUGCGGCUGAAAUUACCAACGUAAAAUAAAUAGGAAUUUGAGAAACCAAUCAAAAGGUGCUACGACGCGCUGCAUCAUUUUAAUCCAUCGUGCGUGCCACGCCUCUUGUAUGAAUAAAUUAAAUAAAAAUUAGGGAAUUUUAUUCGCAACAUUACGUUGAAUGCUAAAUAUUAUACACGACGCGAUUUUUGAUGCUCGAUAGAAUUUUCAAUCAACGAUGACCUAAGUGAGUAGUAAAUUUGUAAAAUGUCAAUUCUAGAAGACCGCGAGGAGUACUUGAAGAAUCCCUAUUUCACAGGACACGAGUACGGUGACUUCACCACCUUCUACAUUGUCAUUACUAUUUGCGCUGUCAUUGGCAUCAUCCUCUUCGUAAUCAACUCAGUUUUCUGCUGGUGUUCACCCUGGCGUGAUUACUGGUGCGAUCGACAUACAGGAAAUCGUUGGAUUCAGUCUCUCUGGACAAAUACGCCGCAUAAAAAUCCUCCUCUGGAUUUAACAGAAUUGGAAGCAGGUCUGACAACUUAUACUCGACGCCAGGAACAAAUUACUCAAUAUCAUCAUUCGACAGCACCUGAGCAUCAUCAUCAUCAUCAAGAAGUACCUCACUCUCAACAGUAUCUAGAACUUCAAAAACGGGAAAGUGAAAUCUAGACAUCUUU